GUACUUGAUCCUACAUUUACCUUUAUCUUUUUGGCUUUCCAUGUUUCUCAUCUAAACCAUGUAUUUUGGGAAGCUGACCUUGGCCAGCCAUCUCAUCUCUUACAUCUUCAGUUUUUGCAUCUUGAAAAGUAGGGGAAGUAGUACUCAUUAUACACAAUUGUUGUUGAGCAAACACUCAAGCUACCAACCAGUAAAUCUAUUGGGUUUACCUCCAAAAUAUGUCUUGACUUUGUCUGCUUCUUUGCCGCCAUCCUGAUUGAAGUCCUGUCAUCUGCUUGGACCACAACCCUCAGCCUCCUUGAUGAGAGUGUGAAGAUGCUUAAAGAGCGUCCAGGGAUGGCAGAAGUCCCUCAGCAGCAGAUGGGUGUUCCUGUGGUAAAACUGGAGAAAGAGUUGCCAUGGGGCAGGGGAAGGGAGGAUCCUGGUCCUGAGACUUUUCGGCUGAGGUUUCGGCAGUUCCGCUACCAGGAGGCAGCCGGCCCGCAGGAGGCCCUCAGGAAACUCCAGGAGCUCUGUCGCCAGUGGCUGAGGCCCGAGCUGCACACCAAGGAGCAGAUCCUGGAGCUGCUGGUGCUGGAGCAGUUCCUGACCAUCCUGCCCCGGGAGUUCUAUACCUGGAUUCGGGAGCAUGGCCCUCAGAGUGGCAAGGCCCUAGUGGCCAUGGUGGAGGACUUCACAGAGAGAACACUGGAGGCCAAGGCGGUUCCAUGCCACGUGCAGGGAGAACAGGAGGAGACGGCACUUUGCAGAGGCCCUUGGGAAGCAGGUGUCCACCUGGGACCAGUGGAGGUCAAGCCUGAGUGGGGGAUGCCCCAUGGGGAAGGUGCUCAAGGCCUCGACCAAGGCGCCGAGGAGCAGCUCAAUCAGGACCCUGGUGCUGGGACACAGGCCUUCCAGGAGCCGGCUGUUCCACUUCUUCAGGCUGGUCCUGGCCUCCCCACAGUGAACACUAGAGACCAAGAGAUGGCAGUUGGGUUCCUCACAGCUGGGCCCCAGGGGCUGGGACCAUUUAAAGAUAUGGCUCUGGCCUUCCCGGAGGAAGAGUGGAGGCAUGUGGCCCCGGCCCAGAUAGACUGCUUUGGGGAAUACGUGGAGCCACAGGACUGUGCAGGCAUUGGGAGCAAGGAAAAAGAGGCCAAAAUCCAGCAGGCUGACCUCAAGGGGGCGCUUGCUCAGGGGACCUCAGAGAGGUUUGGGGAAGCUGCUCUCCAGAGCCCCGAGCUUGGAAGAACCUGUGAGCAGGAGCCUGGUAAUUCUAUGGGAAACCUGCCAGGGCCGCCGCCUUCCCGGCAUGGCAUCCUACCUGUUCCUGACGACCUCAAGACUCACAGCUCCUUCUGGAAGCCUUUUCAGUGCCCUGAGUGUGGAAAAGGCUUCAGCCGGAGCUCAAAUCUCGUCAGACACCAGCGAACCCACGAAGAAGAGAAAUCCUAUGGCUGUGUUGAGUGUGGGAAAGGGUUUACUCUGAGAGAGUACCUCAUGAAGCACCAGAGAACCCACCUGGGAAAGAGACCCUAUGUGUGCAGUGAGUGCUGGAAAACCUUCAGUCAGAGGCACCACCUGGAGGUCCACCAGCGGAGUCACACGGGGGAGAAGCCCUACAAGUGCGGGGACUGCUGGAAAAGCUUCAGCCGGAGACAGCAUCUUCAGGUGCACCGGAGGACUCACACUGGGGAGAAGCCCUACACCUGCGAGUGCGGCAAGAGCUUCAGCAGGAACGCUAAUCUGGCCGUGCACCGGCGAGCCCACACCGGGGAGAAGCCGUAUGGGUGUCAGGUGUGUGGUAAGCGGUUCAGUAAAGGGGAGCGGCUGGUCAGACACCAGAGGAUUCACACAGGGGAGAAGCCCUACCACUGUCUUGCCUGUGGGAGGAGCUUCAACCAGAGGUCCAUUCUCAACCGGCACCAGAAAACUCAGCAUCGCCAGGAGAUUCCCGUGCAGUAAGGGUGCUCUGCGGAAAUGCAUUUUUGUAAUACAAGGUGCUGGACAAGGCGGGACCUUCCUUCCAGGACCACCGAAUGGAGGGAGACCGUUCUGGAGGAUGUUAUUCACCUUUACUCUCUGAAGGAUUUUGGAGGGGUUGGUGAGGGUUACAGGGUGCAGAAAGACACCUUGACCCAUUUGUUCAAAAGAGAAAGGGCAAGACCAGGCUCAUUUUGAGUUCCCAGAGAGCACAGCCUCUCCUGUCUCUUACCCAACUAGUGCUAACAGUUUUCUUACAGUCUUUUGGGAAACGAUUUCCUGAGUUUUAGUUCAUGUUGAGGUUUUUCUCCUUCAGUGGGAUGUUCAUAUCCACCUCCUGAGCAAGUCUGGUAGUGAAGGCAAAAUUUUGUCCAUUGUUGGCAGCUUGAACUAAUUUUUCUGUGGUCUGUAUCCUGCCUGCCAGGAUAUGGACUCUGUCUGUUUCCUCCCCCCACUCUCUUUUCCACUUAAAUAUUUAUUGAACACCUACUAUAUGUCUGGCACUGGGAAGAUGGUGAAUGAGACAGAUGAAACCUUUUUCUCCAGGAGCUUUGAUUUAGCAUUGGAAACACACACAAAACCAUUAUCGUGUUCUAAGUCACAUGUGGUGAGUGCUGUGUAAGAAGAUACUCUUGUGCUCACUCAUUCUGCCCUUCCUGCUUGGGUGCUGGAUCUUCCCCUCUCUUGUCGGGAUCCCUCAGGCAGCCUUGUUUAUUUUACUUUAUUUGUAGCUCCCUUUGACACAUUCUACCCUCAUCUGUAAAGUUCCCCCAUUCCAUUCCUUGUAUUAUAACAACUGUCCACACAUUUAUUCGGAAAUUAAUAUUUUGUUAUCGAUCACUAAAUAAACAUGAGAGUAUUUUUAAAAGCAUUCAGUUCUGUAUAAAGAUCUAAUUAAGCCUGAAAGAUGAACUACUAUUAAUACUCUAUAUUUGAUGGCAUUUUGCAGUAUAUAAAAUGCUUUUCUCUGUGUUCUCACUUGAUUAAUUCCACACUUAUUUAUUGAGGCCCAACAGUGUGCCAGAAGCACUUGCAGGUGCUUGACAUAUAUCAGUGAAUAAAAUCGGAAAAUCACUGACUUCGUGGAGCUUACAUUUUAGUGAAUGUAUUUGAUCUUCAGAAUCACCGAAGGUGGAAUGCAUGGAUGCCCCCAUGAACCCUCUGGACCUGGGAUCUGAGCGUAGCCUUGGUUCUGUCAGCUUCUUGCCCUGAAAUGCAUUUGCCAUCUAUGUCUCGUUACUGAAUAAUCUCUGUCCUCAGUGCAUCUAAAUCCUUGUCGUCUGAGGUGCUUGGGGUCUUGAAUGCCAACUGGAAGUGAUGAGAUGGUAGAAAUCUGUUUUGCAUGAGUGCCAAUUUAGGAAAAAUAAGUAUGUAGGCGUUUAAAAAUGCAUUUCUUUAAAAAUGAAAAAAUGCAGUAUUUGUAACUGUGUUUAAGCUUUUUAUAUUAUUUUGCCAUCACUAAAGGGUUUUCUUUCUGUUUGAAAUUCUGAAGACCGCGUAAUUCACAUGGACUGCACUGCAGUGUUGUAAUUCUGUGCCUCUGAAUGCUGUCUGCUGAGUAAAUUAGUCUUUGUGAACUAUAAUUGCAAGAUGCAAUUUGUCUUGUGAUGCCUCUUAAUAUUCUUUCAUUGGGAUUUUUUAUUUUUAUUUUUGGUUGUAAAUAAGAUAAAUGGUAAUGACUUCAAUACAAGGAAUUGCAAUAUUCAGUCCAUUUUGAAACACACUACUUCAUCUGUUUAUUGACAGAUAGUCAUGGUGUUUAAUUUUGAUUUAGCAAAUGACCUGGCCCCUCAGCUGUCCCCUCCAGGCUACACUUACCAGGGUGUAUCUGAGACGUCUACAGUAUGAGACUCUGGGCUGCUGCUACUUAGCAGCAUCGGGGUCCAGAUGCAGAAUCGGCAUGUUUUUCCCUGUUUUCCAGACAAACCAGGCAAAGCUUAUAGCCACUUGGCAGCCAAACCUGAUGGAAGCCCCUGCUUCUGGUCUAGACAUGAGGGCUGACCUGGCCUAGAGUUUGGGUUUCUCUAGGAGGUCCCUAUUCCAAAGCUGGGUGGAAGCAUGGGGCCACCAUGUGGUCUUUCAGUUUACUUGAAUUAAGUUGUAGAUUCUCUUUGAUCAUACACUUAGCCAGAGAUGUCUCUGGGUUUUUAGCUAGUUGGAAUCUCCUGAGAGAAGCUUGGAUAAAGUCAGGCCUUGCUGUCUUCCCAUUUGGCUUCCCUGCCUGUUUAGAGACCAAAGCUUGUGGACAAUGCCUCAAAAAUGUCUCAAAAGCGAAUUUUCCCCAUGGAAAUGUAGUAGCCUUAUUUUUAUUUUAUUAUUUUUUAAAUGAUUAUGGUAUCACAUAAUUAUCCUCAUUCUCCCAAACUUACCCCAAACCCCUCUCCAUAUAUGCUCCCACCUCCCUGUUGUCCAUGACCACUGGUUAUAGUAGCCUUAUUUUUAAAUGUCAAAUAUUUUAUUUUCUGUAUAUUUCUAUUUAGAGAUUUGUUAUAGGAAAUUUCAAAUAUAUAUAAGUGAGUCCUCAUGUAUUCAUCGUUCUCCUUUAAUCAUUAUAAACUCAUAGCCAAUCUUG